UUUUCGGAGUGCUGCAUUGAUUGCUUUUCAAAAUGGCUUCUUUUGCGCUUGAGAAAUCUUCGGCAUACCAGUCCCUUCUUUCUCUUGGACGUUCUGCCGACAGCGUCGAUUUGGCUGCGCUUCUGCGUGACCGUAGUCGUUGCGAUCGUCUAAUUAAAGCCAUUGAAGGCGUUACUCUCGACCUUUCUAGACAGCUGGUUGACAUUCCUACUUUGGAAAAGUUGUUGGCACUGGCUCGCGAGGCUGGUUUGGAGUCCAAGAUUGCUGACUUCUUUGGGGGUGUUGCCAUAAACGGCACUGAGGGCAGAGCUGUGCUUCAUAUGGCUCUUCGCGCAAACCGCGAUGAAAAGUUCACUGUGGAUGGUGUCAACGUAACUCAGGAUGUAUACACCACUCUUGACAGUAUACGUGCGUUUGCUGAUGGUGUUCGUAGUGGGAAGAUUCUAGCUUCUGAUGGGAAGCCAUUUGAUUCGGUGCUUUGCAUUGGUAUUGGUGGUUCCUACCUCGGUACCGCGUUCGCUGCACAGGCCUUUAUGGCAUCUGGGUCAGCACGAACGGCUUGUGCAGGUCGUAAGAUCCGCUUCCUUGCUAAUGUAGACCCGGCUGGGUUUCGUAUAGCUGUUGAUGGUUUGGAUGCUAACCGUACUAUGGCCAUAGUUAUCUCGAAGACUUUCACUACUGCUGAGACUCUGAGGAACGCUGGAAUGGUGCGUGCUUGGUUGAAGGAAAACAUUCAUGAUCCGUCUAAGUUCGGCAAGCACAUGUGUGCUGUGAGCACCAACCUCAAGCUUACUAAAGAGUUUGGCAUUGAAGACUCGCAGGUAUUCGGUUUCUGGGAUUGGGUGGGUGGUCGUUUUAGUGUUUCAUCUGCUGUGGGCAUUUUGCCCUUGGCAAUUCACUUUGGUUUUGAUGUGGUUGAGAAAUUUUUGGCUGGAGCUCGUUUUAUGGAUGAACACUUUAGAUCUACUCCUCUUGAGGACAAUAUGCCUGUAUUGAUGGCACUUUGCAGUUUCUACAAUGCCUCUGUUCUCGGGUUAAACUGUGUAGCACUGCUUCCAUAUAGCGAGGAUUUGAGUUUGUUCCCUCGUUACGUCCAGCAGUUGUGUAUGGAGAGUAACGGGAAGUCAGUACGCAUGGACGGUGUCCGCCUUUCAUUUGACGCCGGUGAGAUAUACUUCGGUGAGAGUGGUACUAACGGUCAGCACAGUUUCUACCAGCUGUUGCACCAGGGUCGUGUGGUUCCUUCUGAGUUCAUUGGGUACAUUCGUAGUGACAAUGGUGACAGGGUUGAUGGUGGCGUUACUUCCCAUCAAGAGCUCAUGGCUAACUUUUUUGCACAGCCUGAUGCUUUGGCUUAUGGUCGCACUCCAGCACAGCUGGAGGCUGCUGGGUGCCCUGCUAACCUGAUACAGCACAAGCUAUGUCCCGGCAACAGGCCUUCCAUGGUAAUGUUGUUCGAUGAGGCGUCUCCAUUUGCACUGGGUGCUCUUGUAGCGCUUUAUGAGCACCGUGUGGCUGUCCAAGGUUUCCUUUGGGGCAUUAAUUCAUUUGAUCAGAUGGGUGUCGAGCUGGGAAAGGCACUGGCUGGCGACAUACGCAACCUCUUCAAGUCUGGUCACCAUGAUUGGCCUUCUGCUGUAAAAGAGGGUCAAAUAUCCUAUUCUACUACGCGUCUACUGGCAAAAUUUGCCCAGUAAUUUCCAUUACUUUACAUAAACCUACUUGUCUAAAUUGGACCUAAUUUUAUACAAC